AUAAUAAAUUAAAACAAAAAUCUAUUAGAUAUAUCUAAUAAAAUAAAUCAAACAACAUAAUACUAAUAAAAGAAUUAAAAUUAAGAAGUUGAAUCUCUAAAUUCUACCAAAAUCUAAUAAAGCAAUAGGCAAAUUUAUAAUAAUCAAAAUUAGAAAACAAUUGAUUCUAUUAUUUAGUUAAUUGAGGAUCAUAUAAAUUAAAUAAAAUUCAACUUUAAAGAAGAACGUUUUAAAAUUGAAUAAGAGCUUAUUUCUAAAUACUCAAGACAAAAAACUAAACUAUUAUUUUAUAUAAGUAAAUAAUGGAUAAAAAAAUACAUGGAAUACAUGUAGAACUAAGAUUAAUAUUUUUUUCCUGGACCUAUAAACAAUAAUUGUAUUCUAAAAAAAGAUGGAACAAUAAAAGACAAUCUAUAAAUAGAUAUCGAUUAUAUAUAUGUAAAUUAAUUUGUUUGGAAAAUAUUAAGUGAAUUAUACGAAGGAGGACCAUAAAUACUAGUUAGUCAAGAAACAAUAGAAUAAAUUAAUAGAAUCGAAAAUUAUCCUUAUUAGCAAAAUAAUCUUUUAAAAAAAUUAAUAUUUGAGCCACUUGGUCUAAAAAAUAAUUAAAAUUACUGCUAUUUAAAUGUAUGUUUAUAAACACUUCUUUCUAUUGGAGAAUUAAACUAAUAUUUUUAUGAUUAAAAUUACAAAGAAAAAAAAAUAAAGACAAAAAAUGUAAUAUUAAUUUAAUUUUAUAAAAUUAACAAAAAAUAAAUAAAUCAAAAAUAGAAACUUAAAUAUUGUAUUGCUUAUUAUAAUCUUCUUUAAAAAAUUAAGUUUAAAGGAUAAGAAAAACAGUCUAUAAACCUUAAAGAAUUUCACAAAUUUUCUUAAGAUAAUUUCAAUCCUUAUGAAUAGCACGAUGCUUAAGAAUAUUUAAGAUACUUACUAAGUGAAAUUUAAGAUGAAUUGAAUAGCGUUUAGCCUAUAAAUUAUCCAUAAAAAUUCAAUAAUUCAAACUAAGCUUAUGAAUAUUAUAUUAAAUAUAAUUCAAGUAUUAUAGAUUAAUUAUUUUGCGGAUAAUUAAUUUGUACUAUUUAAUGCUAAAGGUGUAAUAAUAUAUCUAGCUAAUAUGAUCCAUUUUUAGAUUUAAGUUUACCAAUUGAAGAUUCUGCUAAUUUAAAUGAUUGUAUAGAAAAGUUUUUUUAAACAGAAAAAAUUAAUGGCGAUUACUCGUGUUAAAAAUGUAAUUAAAAAUAUAAAGCUAUAAAAAAAUACUUCAUUGGAAAAUCACCGAUAUACUUAGUCAUGCACUUAAAAAGAUUCUAAAUGUUUCCUAAUAAAAAAAAAUAAACAAAAAAAUAAAAUAUAGCAUUAAUUUGGAUAUUACAUAGUGAAACUAUAUAUGAGUUAAUUGGUGUUAUCGUUCAUUAAGGAAAUUAUGAAUAAGGCCAUUACAUUUCUUUUAAUAAAAGAAAUAAUUAGGUAUAUUUUAUAAAUGAAUAUUAUAAUAUAUAUUUUUAUUUAAAUAGUGGUGGUUUUUUGAUGAUGAAAAUUAUUCCAAAUCUAAAGAAAAGAAUAUUCUUGAUUAAUAAGCUUAUUUAUUGA